UAAUGUAAACCAGCCGCAAAUUGGACCUACAAAUGCAAGCCGUAUAUUCAGGCCUAGAUCUAGAUCCAAUUAGCGGCUAGCCUCUGAGCUUCUAAAAAUGGCGACUCGCAGCGUUCUUCGUGCGGCAUGCUCUAUAUUAAUUAGAGAAAUACCACCUUUUCACUCGACUCUUUUUAAUUUUAAUAUUAAUCAAAGUAGUGGAAUAUCCAGAGUUUUGUUGUCAAAUGUGGCGAAGUUUUCAACAUCUUCAACCACACGUUCGAAGUUACGAAGGGAAGUGACAGAAACAACUGAUGGAAAUCUAACUACAAUUGAAGCCGUGUAUAAGGAUCCCCCAAAAAACUUCUAUCCAACUGAGGAUCCUCAUAGGGCGUGUCCAAUCUGCAGUAGAAAUCUACGUGUCACAUACAAGGAUGUUCUCAUCUUAAGUCAGUUCAUCAGACCAGAUGGUGGAUUGCUUCCAAGGAGGAUCACAGGAGUGUGUAAGAAACAGCAGAGGCUUAUACAAGAGUGUGUCAAGAGAGCACAUUUAGCAGGCUUGUUACCCGAUCACCGUCCUCCAAAGGAUGCUGGGAGGAUUCCGCCAGGAGUUCACAUCAGACCCAAAAUCAAGUUCAAUCGCUUCUGAUCCAAGGAACAAUUAUUAUGUUCUAUUUUUGUAAAUACUGUACAGCAAAUAAUUGUGUGUAAAAAAACACAAUUAAAAUCACAUUUUGAAUAGAGAAUAUCUAUCUUGGUUAACAAUUGAAAAAUAGUGGAUGUGGAGACUUAACUUUUGUUGGUAAAGUCUGGACUUUACGGUACAUACCUUUACAGUAUCUGUGAAGAUUUUACCUUAUCAUAGGUAUGUCCUUUCAGUAAGCAAGCAGUUUUGACAUGUUUGAACAGCUAAUUCUACUUUCUAAAACUUCACUAGUCUUUUUCAGCCUCUCUGAUUGCAUUAGUUUUUGAUGGAAUAAAAAUGGGUUUUUGUCCCACAUUUAAAACAGGAAGUUUCUUCGUUGAUUUCUCUCCAUUAUAUUAUAGUUACUAAGUUUGCUUUUCUGAGACUCCUUUGACUUGGUAUCGAGUAUGUGAUUGUGGUACCCGAUAGCCAAAACAGUAUUGCCUGAAGUAGCGCCCUCUUGUGACAUGAGAUUAUGGGUUAGCUAGAAUUGGUACCAAGUCUUAGAUAUAGGCAUUUUAGUCGUCCCGAUAGCCGCUACAAACAGUGCCUCUUGUGAUCAACCUGCAUCAUUGAGCCUAGAUUGGGAGUGAGGGCACGUGAUGGCUAAUAAUGUGGGGGCGUUUUUCGUGGGUGAGAUGCAGAAGAAUAAUUGCAAUCUAGGACUUGAAUCGAGUCUAUGGGUUAGUGCGCAUGAUAGCCAAUCUUGGGGGAGGGCAAUUUCCGCGGCUGAUCCAGCGAAAUAACCACAACCUAGCGCAUGAAAUCAAGUCUGAAGAAUCCAUGGCUUUAAAAUGCAUAAAAUAACAAACCUUUGAAAAUUUGAGCACAUUUGGUCGUCGAAGUUGCGAGAUAUUAA